UAAAAUGCUUCAAAAUAGCUUUACUUGAAUUAUUUACCUGCUCGAGGUGGUCCAGUUUUAGACUCUGCGAGGGCGGCUCAGUGUUCCGUAGAUGUCCGUCGACCAGGCCCGACCUAGUAGUAAAGCCUAUGGCAUUGUGCAGUAGCAUCCACCUACGCAUCCAGGUGUCCGUGUUCUUAGCACUACUGUUGUGGAGGAUACAGCAUUUCGCUGCGACAGCGAGCUACGGCAAGCCAGCCCACAGGGAGGGCGACGCACCAGCAGGAACAGUCGCCAUUGACUGGAAUAGCGUAACAGCCGUUAGCAAAACUACCACCACACUUCAGGUUGUGGUGAAUCCGUUGUUGCGACGCGAGUCUCCCAUCCACGACCAGGUCUUUAAAAGCCUGGCAGAGCUACACACUGAUUAUGUGCGCUAUGUACCCUGGCUGGCAUAUCCUAAACUUGGUAUAGCUGAACUUGACCAGCCGUCUGGCACAAAUCUGUGCAGCUUCCUGUCGGGCGAGAAGAGGAACGAGGAAACAACAUCACUUUCUUGUGGCACAAGUACAAUAAGCAAGAUUGAGUUUGCAAGUUUUGGUACACCCACCGGUCGCUGCGGCAACUUAACACUUGGCAAGUGUCAUGCAGAGAACUCCACCAGCAUCGUGUCAAGCUAUUGCCUGGGAAAGUCCCAGUGCACGAUACCAGUGAAUGCACAUGUCUUUGGUGAUCCGUGUUCACAAGUCAUCAAGCAGUUCGCUGUGCAGAUUCAGUGCGACCCACCAGUCAACCACACCUACUGGAACUUCACUCUGAUUGAUCCCAUGACGGAGGACUUCAUGAACGCCACCGAGAACCACACCGCCAUCAUCAACUUCUCCACCAUUCCCGUCUGGUUGUACGAGACGCCAGAUCGCGUCCCGUAUCCGGAUAAUCCCGACGCAGAGCCACCCGGUCGAUACAGCCUUGGCAAAGUGCUAGUGGACCCAAGCGGAAAAGAUCUCGGAGAUUACUAUGGAAGACUGGUUAGUUACUACACACAGGGUGGGUUCACGGAUGAGUACGGUGUGCAGCAUAAAUCAGACUACAACUAUGAUUUCCAAUAUUGGGAGUGCCUCAACGAAGUCGAGGACGAGCACCGCAACACGCCGGAGACCUACACCAACGUCUACGACUACAUGGUGCAGGGUAUCCGUCGCCAUGCUGACCCGGAGCGCAAGAUGAAGUUCGUCGGCAUGGCACUGCAGCAGCACAAUGAGUUUGACUGGUACCGGUACUUUCUGAACAUCUCUAAUCACGUCUCCGAUGACAUUCCGCUGGACAUUGUCAGUUUCCAUUUCUACGCGCAUUGCUCCACGCGAACUGAUCCGACCGCCUAUCAGGAGUUCUUCCCCAGAGCCGACAUGUUUGUAGAGGAGUGCAAGAAGAUCAUUGCUAUCCGAGAUGCUCUAUCACCGCACACAUUGCUGGAUGUGGAUGAGACUGGCGUAAUUUUGCCUGGUGACAAUAAUCUAGAUGCUCCGAUGUUCCCGCCGAUCUUCUUCAACGCCGCCGGUGCCUUUUAUGCAUACGUGUUUGGCCGACUGGCUGAAAUAGGCAUCGACAUCAUAGGUGAAAGUCAGCUGGUCGGUUACCCUGAGCUACCAGAGUUGCACCUUCAGCCACAGUUCCCCAGCGUAGCCAUGCUGAACUGGACCAACGGCCUGGGAAACGCUAGAUAUCACGUACUCAAGGUUCUCAUUGAGAACUUCCAGCCCGGUGAUAAACUGGUGAAGACCACCUUCACGAAUGCAUCCGGCUACGAUCCAGUGUUCUGCGGCACUGUAUACAACGAAGACACGAUGAGAAUAGAAUGCAGAGAGCAAGACGCCACCAUCGACAAGAUCAUCUUUGCAUCGUACGGCACUGCUCAGGGUCGCAUUUGCGGGAACUACAGCGCUGGCACCUGCAAUGCGGCCAACAGUACUGACAUUAUGGAGAAGGCAUGCUUGGGGAAAAACAUGUGUGCCAUAGAAGCAGAUCCACUGGUGUUUGGAGACCCGUGCCCCGGAACGUUUAAGCACUUUGUCGUUGAAGCACACUGCAGCAAAGGAUCCGGGACAGCAACAGGAGGCAUGACAGAUGGGAUCUAUGCUCAGGCGUUCCUGGCAAAUGACGGCUCUCAUCACCGUGUGUUGCUGGUGAACAAGACGCCCGAUUCGCAGAGUGUCAUUGUGCCUGGAGCAAGCGGAUCUACGGCUAUCAUCGUGGAUGAUACUCGUCCUACUGGUCCUGCUAUCAACACUAAACUUACCAGUGAUACUGUGCAAAUGAGACCUUAUGCUGUCUUUGUUGUUAUUAUGUCAGAGUAGUAGUGACAGAGUGUAGUGAAAAUUCAGUGACUCAUGAUGACAUCAUUGACAUGUCCGCAUCAGUAAUCAGUAAAAAAAAAGAAAAAAAAGUAUUACUGAUACAGAUAUGUGAAUGAUGUCAUCAGGAGUCAGUAUCCUUUGAGUGCAAACACUGCUUGGAGGAACUUGGACGUUUUUUUACUAUGUAUUACUGAGCUCUUUCUUGUAUACACAUGCCCACAAAGAUGAUUCGAAAUUGCAUGACAUCAUGUCAUUUUUCAUGAGAUCUCAGUUUAAUUUAAGUUGAACAGUUCUUGAAUUUCACUUCCAUGACUGUCAGUGCUGCCAGCAUGCCACAGUAGAGGCACAGAUCUCCAGUUACGUGGAUUUUAUUAUUUAUAUAUUUUUUAUGAAAGUGAGUACAUGUAACCAUUUUAA